AUGAGUUCCUCGGCGGCUUUGAUGAAGCGCUUGCAAUUGCUCUUCUCCACCUACAAACACAUGAAUCCUUUCAUGAAUUGCGGGGUUGAGGAAUUCCGAGUGAUCUCCGUCGACCAGAAGCGAUAUCGGACCGAGUUCGAGGUGACAAAAGACAUGGUGAAUCCGAUCAACAAUUUACACGGGGGAUGCUCGGCCACUCUGCUGGAUAUCGGGUGUUCGGCGGCCGCAUUUGUGCGAGGGAAAGUGGUACUGUCGAUCAAUCAGGAGAUCACGGUGGUCGCGCCGGCAAAACUCGGCGAUACCGUGCUCAUGGACAUCGAAUUGGUGCGAUUAGGCAAAACCCAAUGCUACACCCGGGGUGAGUUGAUACGAAAAGCCGACUCGCAAGUGAUCGUUUUCGGCACGUGCACCUACACCGUCCCACCGAUGAGGGUCGUCCCAGGGCCGGCUCAUGACCUCAUCGAUCAACUCUCGAAAAUCAAU